CUCUCUUCUCUAAUAAACACAACUCAAACACACACAAAAAAAAGUUUAAAAAAAACACAAAAAAAUCUCUAAAACAAAUUUUGUUUUGAUUUAAAAAAAAAAUGGUUGAUUUAGAUUGGAAGGCUAAAAUGGUUUCCUCCGAUCUUCCCAACAAAUCACCAAAACUCUCCAAUAAACUCCACGUCACCAUCCCUUCUACGACACCGUUUCGCGGCGUUUCUACUGUUUCUCCGAUCUCCGCCUCGGAAUCCGCCUGCACCGCCUACGACCACUACUUCCGUCUCCCGGAGCUCCGUCAACUCUGGAGCUCUAAAGAUUUUCCUAACUGGAAAAACGAGUCGGUUCUCAAACCGGCUUUACACGGUUUAGAAAUCACUUUCCGGUUCGUUUCAACCGUUUUAUCUGAUCCGAGACCGUACACUAACCGGCGAGAAUGGAACCGGCGACUCGAGUCGCUUUCCACUUCACAAAUUCAGAUAAUCUCUCUGUUACUCGAAGACGAAGAGGAUGAUCCGGAAACACGUGGCACAGCUCCGAUCGUUGAUUUAAGCUCAUCCAACGGUGUGUUAGCUCGCGACGGAAGCUACGCUGAAGUUUGGAAGGUCUCACCGGAAACCACCGUGGUCAACAGAACAAGCGAGAACAGCCUCUUACCUCGUCUCGCUGCGUGGCAGAAAUCCGAAGAUAUCGCGGUGAAGAUUCUUUACUCUAUAGAAUGCGAAAUGAGACGGUGUCCGUACACAUUAGGUCUUGGAGAGCCAAAUUUAAACGGUAAACCUAAUCUCGAAUACGACGCCGUUUGUAAACCAAACGACGUGCAUAACCUGAAGAAAACUCCAUACGACAGUGUUAUUGACAAUCAUGAGAAUCAAACUCUACAUACAACGUAUCAGAUUUUGGAAUGUUGGAUUCAAGUUGCUAAAGAAUUGAUUAAUCGCGUGAUUAAUCGAAUUGAAAUCAAGAAAUUUAGUGAAGCAUCGAGCGAUUGUUAUAUAAUCGAAAGAAUUUGGAAAGUUCUAUUGGAAAUUGAAGAUUUACAGUUACUAAUGGAUCCUGAUGAUUUCUUGAGGUUAAAGAAUCAAUUACUUGCGAAAUCAGGUAACGAAACCGUACCGUUUUGUUUCCGGUCUACCGCGCUAGUGGAAUUGACUAAAUUAAGCAAGGAUUUAAAGCAUAAGGUGCCGGAGAUACUAGCGGUGGAGGUGGACCCCAUGGGCGGGCCGAGAAUUCAGGAGGCGGCGAUGAGAUUAUAUGGCGAAAAACGAGAGGACGGGAUUGAGAAAAUACAUUUGCUUCAGGGAUUACAAGCAAUGGAGGGCGGUUUAAAACGGUUUUAUUACGGUUAUAAGCAGUUGUUAAUUAUGGUUACGGGUAGUUUAGAGGCGAAAGCAAAUAGAGUAAUGGUGAGUCCUGAAAGUUGCGACUCGUUGACUCAGUUGUUUCUUGAGCCGACUUUUUAUCCUAGUUUGGAUGCUGCUAAGACGUUUUUGGGGGAGGUUUGGAGUCGGGAAUAUGGCGGCGCGGUGGAGAAUCGAAGCCGGAGGAAUUAGUUAUGUGUGGGCGGAGGUGGAAUCGGUGGCUGACUUGGUUUCGACCGAGUUUGUUGCGUGUUAGAAAUUUCUAGCUUGAUAUAGAUGUAUACAGUAUACACAAUGUUAUUUUUAUGGGUUUAUUUAAUUUUUUUUUUGAAAAUAGUGAUAUGAGUAUUGUAAAAAAAUUCAAUACAAAUUUAUUUAUUUUUGACGAUUUAA